AUGUGGAUAUGCGGAUAUGGCCUGGAGGGCGUGUAUGUGCCACUGUGCCAAGGCAGCGGCCAGUUCGCCGACUGUAGCGCAAGCCGUGCGCAGCAGUGCGAGACCGUGUUGCUGGCACAGCAAGUGAACGAUGCCUCCAGGGCCACUGUCCCCGAACUCCUUACGCGAUGUCGGUACAUCCGGCAGAACCUGAACUGCCUGCUCAACUACACUGCCCUGUGCCUGCCUCUGGAGCAGAAAGAGGAAAAGUCGCAGGUCAUCGUCUCGGCGCGUAAAUAUGCGUAUGCCACCUGCGAAGACCGGGACGCCGUCAAAGAGCACUGGAAGGAUGGUGCAUGCUUUCAGAAGCCCGAAGUUCAGCGCUGCAACGGCGACUACGAUGCUCAGAUGAAGAAAUAUCAGCUCAAUAGCAAGUACCCAUCUGAAGAACAGUGCAGGCGGUACAUGAAUUACCAGAGGUGCAUGCGGAGGGCUGCUAGCCUUGUGUGCAACAAAGAGGGCAUUGAGUUCUUGGGCCUGUUUCUGUACGACCGGGAGCCAACACUGUCCUGGAUGUGCAGCGACGAUUACCGACAGCCACUGCGCAUUGAAGCUGCACCCACUCCAGCAGCAAUCAACCAGGCCACCUGCACUAGUCUUGUGAGCAGAGAUCUGCAACGAUGCACGGACAAACACCAGAAGGCUACAGCCGGCCUUGGCUACCGGAAGCAGUCAUCCAAUCGCAAGUCAACAGGCCUACAGCUCUCCGACGAAGAGCACAAGACUAGGCUUUGCUGUGCUUUUGGAGAGUUUCGCCCACUGCUGUGCGCACGGCCGUCCAGGUGAAGUGCAGCACAGACCGCAAUGCCCUAGGUUGAGAGCAUCCUGCAGCAGGCGCUAGAGUUCGUCGGGCACCACUUGCGACAACUACUACUACGGCUCAAGUCUCUGCUCGACCGGGACAACCCUGACGUCGACGCAAGCGAUAAUGCUCCUCCUGGCGUUGGUUUCAGCCUGCUUUGCUGUGCAGCACUGAUUUCAUGCCUCGUAUCUCGAGAAGAUGGAGUUCAGGAGACGGCACCUGCCAUGCUGGUGAUUGGAGGGCCUGUCUCAAACGCUGUUCAGUGGAAAUAUUGAGAAGCAAAACACUUUUUUUUCAUUGUAUUUUUGAAGCAGUGCACGCAAAUUUAAACACGGCAUUCCAGCGGGAAGCCGGAAAUGAUUAAGUUCCAGAUGAUAAUGCUUUCGGCACCGUAGUACUUUGGACAUUGCUGGCUGGACCAAGCCGACGAUGGAUGAGAGUCGUUAAUGAUGGAACUACGGCAGCUAAAAAGCCGUUGCAUGGAGCUCUCUCAGAAAGUUCGCCAGAGUGGCCUGUCAAGAAUUCACUUGUUGAAUGUGCUUCAAAAUCUUGCCUUGGUACUGCUGUCAUGAAAUCUUUCAUUGUUGUAUGUAUUGUAGCUGAUUUUGCAUUCAGCCGGGUGAUUCAGAUGUGUAUAGGCAACUGCAAAAACUUGAAAUUAUUCUGAACAGUUUUCUGCUCUUAGCAAGGACAUUUGACGUAAGGAACAUAUUGGCAUCCCAAACGUUGAGCAUGUUUUCCAUCGCAAGAUUUAAGACUCGUAAAAAGGCUGCAUAUUUGGCUCUAAAACAUAAGAAAUCGCUAGUUGGCACGAUGAAGGCAUGUUCUUUGUCGUAGGGUAACUUGUUUUAGGUGCCCUUUGUUAUGAUUGAGGAAGAAAUUACGAGGGCAUAAAAUCACAGCUAACCUGAAAAAAAUUCUCAAUAUGCUGGUUGCGAUGUGCUUGUUACUGAGCUGCUCAACAAAGUGACUGGUUAUAUGGUCAUCAUGCUCAAGCUAAUCAUGCUUGUAUCAUUUACAGUGCACACCCACAACAAUCUUUUGAAAAGAAACCUACAUGGAAUACUACAUGAUUACACCUAUUAUACAGUGUGGCGUAAAUUUCUAGUGAGACAACCGAAAAACACUGAAAUACGUUUCGGCUGUGAAAAAUGUAGAGCACAAUAAUAAUUGAGCAUGCAAAGACCAUAAUAGCAUACUUAACACACCAUUUGUAUUAGCCACAUAUAAAAAUGAAUAACAGUCAGAGAGUUCUGACAUGUCAACAAGAAUAGGUAGAAGUCAGAACUGCUGAAAUGUAGAAAAAUGCCUCUUAAUAUUUCUCAUAUUUUAUUACAAUUCUCGUUUUUUGACAUGUUUAUAUUGACUCAAGAUGCAGCCCAAGAUUUGUUCGUUUUAGACUUGUGCGGAGGCGUCUUUCUCCAUCACAUGAUUUUUUCUUACCCAAAAUGUGCACAGCCAACAGCAGUGUGCAAAGACUGCUUUUGCAACAUUACAGUGAUUGGGCACGCAAGUGCGAAUGAACAUUUGCGAAGGCAAAUCAACUACCCCUGUCACAACUCAUUGAAAUUUUACAUUAGAAAACAGCACGGGCAUCAAAAUUUCAACUUACGGGUGUUCUAACAGCUGUAGCAUCGCUUAUUGAACAAGCGCACAUUUGGCUUGCGGACUUAUCAGCUGAAAUGACUGGGAAGUUAUUACCAGUUUCUAAGUUGAUCACACAGCUGCAUUCAGCGUUAUGGUUUGCUUGGAUUGUGUUUUACUCCAUUCUCCACUGUCAAAACACCUAACCAUUCAUAAAGCCAACAUAACCACAGCCAUUCACCUUUGUAAGAAGUAACUAGGAAUAUUAUUUGGUCAGAUGUUAUUUACUAAAAAAAAAUUCUAUGCUUGCUCAAGUCAGCCCCAGUUUCCCGUAUCAGCAAUAACCAGCAGGAAAAUACUAACGUCUUUUUUCUUGAACAGUUGACAUUUCAUGUGUCUCUUUCUUCCACCAAUUUUCAUGCAUGACAGAAAUAAUAUCUUCACAAGAAUCUACCAAUAGAGCCAAAUCAACCACUCAUCGCUUGAAUGGUCUAUGUGGUCGAUACGUUUCAGAUGGCGCAAUUUCGGCUUUGCAAUUAGGUCUGCUGCAGUCAGUGCUGGUAAAUCUUAAUCAUGCAGUGUGUGGCAAAAGCAAAAUUUUAAAUGUUACUUCCCUUUUAAACUGAAAAGUUACUGUCCAGCAGCAGCUUCAAGGCUGAGCUACUGAUUUUAUGUGCCAUUAAACAGAAUUAAUUGUGGCCAAAUGCAUAAAGUUGAACAAACUCAAGUCUGUUAGUCACAACAGCAGAUUUGUCACUCUCCUAAGUACUAUUUAUUCACUACUUAAGCCAAGAUUCAAGGUAGGUGCUAAUGAAAAAAAAUUGUUAAUUUAGUGAUUUGCUGCAAUGUUUCUAGACUGCAUAUACAACCACCGCAAUAAUUCUUUCAAUUAAUACAAGUGUUUAUAAUUCUGAGGAAUUGGUGGGUCUAAGGAAUUACCAAACAGGCAUCUCUCAGCUGGAAAUGUUUUUGCGCAGUUGCAUUCUUGCAGAAAUUCUUGUUUGGUGAUCACCAGUUGGUUUAGUCAUUUUAUGAUGAAAGAGUUUUAUCUUACAUUUUUAAAAAAUCCAUAUCAGUGGAAAAAAGGUUGUCAAGGUUUAAUAUCAAUAUAAUGAAUUUUUAUUCCGCACCAAUUUCAAUAUUUAAGUUUUAUUACUGCUUUAAAAGAAUACUUAGGAAUGAUCAUUAUUCCAUCUAUUUGUAGCUUUGCUGUGUGGUUUUCUGCAUAUUUUAACUUUGUUUUUUUAAAAUUUGUUGCAUAAUGAAUUGCAGCACACUACUGAAAUUGUGAGCUUGUCGAAAAAAAGAUUUGCAGAGCAAUGCUGUUGGCAAUUGACUACACGCCACUAAUAACAGAUAAAUAAUCAAAAUGUCCAUGGCUGUUUCCAUAGUUCAACUUAUGCAUGAAGGUUGGCACAUUGUAAUCUAUAACAGCUAAAAAAAUAUUGUUCAACUGUAAUAUACUAACUUUUACGAUUUAUUCAAUAUGCGCAAAUUUUAUCGAGCCUGCUUUUGCUUCAGUGAUAUAAAAAAGUAAACAUACAUGACAGAUGAAACCAUUCACCAUGGUUAAUCAAUUUUACAAAAGCCCUUCAAUGUUGGGAAAAAAUCACGUAACUUCAUAAAAAAAUCUACACCAUAGUCAUGAUGAAGCAUCCAGGAAUUCACAAAGAAAUCAAAGAAAUUGAUAAUGCAAACCUGCUGGAGGAAGUUUUAUAUUUAUAAACCUUAUUUUUACUUCAAUAUAUCCUUUUAGUCCCAAUUAGAGUUUAUUGCAGGGAUUGUCAAAAAAAAAUAUGCAAGUUUUCAAUGCUGCAUAGAUAGUCGCCAUACUUUAGUGUCAUUUCACACCUUCUUGGGACUUUCUUAUUCCAAUAAUAUUUCAGAACACAUUUAGAAAAUUCUAAGCGAGCCUGUAAAAGUUAAACUCAUGCUCACGAAAGUUACAUUAAUGACGCAUUAUCCAUAUUGAGCAAUGCACAUCAGCAUGCUCUGCACAGCGUUGUGUGCACAGUUGCCACUCGUGUAGUAGUUCAACAGUGCGAGCAGGAAUGUUUAAAGUUGCUGAACGUGAAACUUUCAACAAUCACAAGCUGCCUGGUUCGUCAUUCUAGAGGGCACUGUGUCACUGCUAAAUACGAAUGUGGUACUUUCAGUUAUUCAGUCUUAAAAAUCAUUCAUUUUUUUGUCUGAUUUGCAAGCAGCUGCGAUAUCGAAUCGACUCACCAGUUAAGCAUUCAUAUACAUUUACUCCAGCACUUAGCUUAGAAUACAGAAGAUGGAAACACACAAAGAAACAAGGUACAGAAUACAAUGAAAUUUGAAUGUGAGCAUGAGGAACGAGCAUUUGUUCCUUCUUAAUAUGUAUACUUUUAUAAAAGCACUAUUCUUUAAUCUGUCCAAACUGGACCUCUUCAGUGAGGCUUUCACAAAAAAAUGCAGUGAUUGCUUGGAGACUGAUAAAGUUGCUUUUUUGGUCCUUGUUCUUUCCUUUAUUUUCUUACUAAAUUGUGAGGAAUUUUAAGGAAAUAUUGUCGCUGUUUCUGCAGAAAGUGUAAUGUUUCUGCUUUCUACUAUAACUGCAGCAAUAAUUUGGCCUGAACAAACAGGCAAAUUUCGAAGGUUAUAUAUCACUUUCAAGAGCACUGUUUUGCAAAUACUCAUCACAGAGUAUAGAUCUACUCGAACCAAUUACUCGCCUUACAAUCUGCUCCUACUUUUGCUGGAGGACGAUGACUUACUGGCUGCAACAUCUGUGUUAGCUCUGCAAAGUAGCCUUAGUCAGCCUCGCAACUACAGAUUACAUCAUCCUGAGAUUUGUACUUGUUGUAAAGGCUUCCGAUGCACAUUAACUAACAUUUUGCUGUGAGAGCAACAAUUAUCUUGAAUCUUCGCAUGAGCUAAGUUGCAUUUGAGCAUUUUGUAGCAUUCUGCAAGAAGACAUGCAUACUCUUUUCCGUAGUAUUUGCUUUUUCUCACUAGGACUGAUGCUUUCUUCAUCGUAUGUCAGCCUACAAUUUCACUUCUACUGGACAACAAUUCUCGAGGCAAAUGUUUGAGGCCUCCUGCUUAUCGGUUUAACAUUCCUUGUCUGAUAGUUCUUAUUCUUUUUCUUUACCCCUCAAGUGUCUUCCGUCCUCAAUAUGUUCACGAUGGGCUGCCGGUCCGCGACACAAACAAGUUCUGACUUAUUGCUCACAGUUUAGACAAAAGAAUAGACGUUGCUGCAACAGAAACUGUAAUUCGAUGCUACGUGCAGCCUUUUCUGGUAAUAUUAACUUUGUACAUAACAUUCAUAGACACUGCCUUUAUGUCGCACCAGACACCCUAAGCUUGGCAGCUGACACUGAAAUGUGACUAGCAAGGUCAUUUCAACAUUUCAUCAUUGUACAAUUGUACAAAACACAUCACUUUAGUGUGAAUAAGCAUUUGAACCAUCAGGUUGAACUGGUAUAAAGAUAAAUCAGCAUGUGGGAAAGAUCACUACUGAGAAUUUCAGCCUGAAUAAACGCCAUAACGUUUGGGUUGAGCUGAUAUAAAAAAUACUCACGAUCAUUGGUAGAAUGUUGGCUGGUUCUAGUUUCUUUCUGAUUUGCAGCUGAAGUGGUUACCUUUCAACUGUUGACCUGGAAUGCAGGAAGAAACUGAGAAAUCUUUAUCAAUGAUAAAAAGCUCAGCUUUUCAAUAUCUUACCUGUAUUCUUUGAAAUGAAAUGUAUCGCUGCCAGUUCAUAUGUAAUUUGCAUGCAAAAUCAAAAUGUCCUGUACAACUGAUCACAAUCUGUCUUUAUUUUCCAAUGCACACUGAAACUUUCCUAAUAUGUGCGCUCUCCAGAGGAUCACGUCACAAUUUUUUAAAUGCCAAUCAUCUCUGUGUCACAGUCAAAGCUACGGCACCCUGCUAAUGGAUUCACUGAGUCGUGACCCCGCCCUUUAACACCUGGAGAUCAACUACCUAGCACCUUUCUUAAAGUUUGUAGCAUAAGCAUUUAGGUGCUGAAGGAAAGGUGAUGCAGUUAGGAAGGGAAGGCAAAAGACGCACACGGUGGUUUUGCGUCCCUCUUAAAAAUGAACUUUAACCAGAUUUUUAAAUGUUUUAAAAUAUUUUGAAUAGUUUUAAAAACUCUUUAAUAGUGCACUUCGAUAACUAGCCAAAAUCACUGUUCUUUAGUUAUUUAGAAACAAUUACUUAGCAAUCGAGAAUGAAUAGAAUCAUGCUUAAAGAAUUUCAAAGAAAUUAGGCCUCUGGUGCGACAUGCCACUAUAUGGUUUACCCAUCGGUAGCGAUGCACCUAAACGCUCACAUGUGACAGUACUCGAGUAUUAAAAACUGGCCUUGAAAAAAAUUUCAAUGCCAGUAUGUUUUUUGAACAGGAUUGCUCACAUAUACUUGGGACGGCUGAUAUGCAAAGUAAAGGUUUCCACUACAAAUCUGUAUAGCAAUAACUAAAUUUAGCAGCCACUAUUUUCUAUUAUGCAAUAGGAUUUGCAUCACUGUUUGCCAGGAAUACGUGGAAAUUGAGGGCACAUUCAGGACACGAAAAACAUACACUAGCCGUUUGAAUUAGCCCGUUAUAUUUGGUGCGCUGUAGGAAUUAUCUCUAGUGCUAUGCAAUUGCUGUAAAAUCACAAACAUCGAAGCUGUCCUGAGUAAGCUGUGACUAUUGGUUUAGAAGGCUGCAGCUGUGUUGUUUGUAUAUCGCACUUGUACUGAUUACUUUUUCAUGUUUCUGUGGCAGCGUUGCACCAAUUGAUCAUAAGUUUGCUUUGUAUCGCCCAACUUUCGCUCUCUGUGUUUCAUCACAAAUGACUAUUGAAGUGCUGCAUACAAUUCACGCACGCGUCCUAGGAAUUAAGCUUGCGAAUGAUCUUGAUUUAUUCAACAGUGUUAUAAGUUAGUGACAUGAAACACCGGCACCAUAGAGUAAUAAAUCAACAGACAUUCCUGGAUGUCAUCACUACUGCAUCACGCUCUAACAUUUGUAAUUGAAUGCCCUUCUUGGUGAUUCAGAUUGCGUAUGAAAUGGGCAUUCUCAUUGGGCAUUCUUAAUGGUUACUAGAGAUAUAGAUGUAUUCUUUUUCCACUUAGAGAGUUUAUAAUUGAUUUCACUCUAACUAAUGCAGUAGAACAAGAUCAGUACUAGGGAUCAGAACUUUUUCUAAGAAACAAGCAGACCUACUGCAAGGCUUGUUCGUUCCUACAGCAAUAAACAAAUUUUUCUUAUAUGGAACAUUAUGCAAAGCAGUCGACUUGUGAGACAUCAAUGCAAAAGCGAGGCAAAGAUAUGUGCUCAAAAGUAAAAAUUUCAUUAUAAAAGCUUUCUUCAUUUUCAUUUGUACUUGUUGAUUAAAAAAAAUUAGAUACUGUAACUUUGAAAUGCGUAAAUAUUUUUACUGAUAACCGCUAAUGCUUCCUGCAAUUAGUACUACAGUGUACUUUUGCCAGUGAAAUGAACUUGCAUGCCUGAUUAGUAAAGUACUCAUUUUGCACUGAUCACACUGACUCAUUUGAAGCAUUACGCAGCCAUUAUUGCUGAAAACUUGCAAGCUUGGUAGUCAGUCACAAUACACAAUGCAGAAGCUUUUAGAUGACACUGAACGACACCCUGUUGAGAGUGGAGGAUGUACAAUUUGUUUGAAAAAUGCAAGGACGCUUUCAACUCCGGCACUGCAGCUCCUCGUAGCUGAACGUAAUAGGGCUCACAUUGUCCAACGCAGACUGUUCCAAAUGCUCAAACACGUUGUCUGUUCUGCAACAGCAGUGAUUCACGCGGGAACGUUCUCACGUUUUCUCUGCACCUGUACAUAAGCUGCUUUUGAAAGUACGUUUUAGAAACAUGAAGAGAAGUCAGAGUAUUUUGAGCUUGUACUGCCUAUUGGUUAUGUUUUUUUUUUUCAGGGUGAUACAUGAUACCGGGGUACAUUGGUAGACACCUGCAAAAGAGUGCUUUUUCUUUCUUAUUCCUGCUUCAGGAUUUUGCAAGCUCAUGGUAUCACAUUAGCAUUGCAUGUGAAACACAAUUUAUUUUGAAAGUGUAGCCCAUAAUUUAGAAGUACACUCAUCUCUGUUAGCACCUUGGGAUUGCGUUCAUGUGGGUUUGGCACCACGCACUGUGUCUCAAGGUUACGGAACUAAUGUCUGCCUCGAUUUUUUUUCAUAUGCGGUGCGUUAUGACUUAAUUAAUGCGGCAGCCUUUUGAACACUUCAGUGACUUUCUACAAUAGCUGUGCGUUUGUGAUAUGGUUGUUCUCGGUGCUUGCUUGUAAAUAUUGUGGGUAAGGUGCGCAGCUGCUUAUGCUAUCCACCAUCAUACCACACUUCCUUUGCCAAUGUAGCGCUGCAUUAGCCUAGGAAGAGUGGCUGGCAUUGUGUCACGGUUCUGGCGAUGGGAAAUGCGGGAAGGAGUGAUGCUCUUUCACCUCAACUCAGUGGUCGCUCCGUGUUUCCUUUUUCUUUCACUGCCUUCUCAAUUAGCCCGCUAUACUGUCUAGUGGGUGUCCAGAAGUACUUCACACAAAACUGUUCUCUGUGGUGAUAGAUUGCAAGUCUGUGGCGUCAUCUGCCCGCUACUCAUGGCUGUUUGUACAUAGCGUAUAAUGUCAUAUCGCGAAGCAGGCCCGUGAACUUGCACAUGUAAUGCAGCCGAAUGCUGCGAGACCUCGGCGGAAUCGCACCUCAUGCUUGCAGCAUUUAUGCACUGGCAUUGGUUUUGGCAACGUGGACACUUCCCCCCCUUUUUAUUUUAUUUCGUUGAGGUCGCAGUGAUUUGUAAAAGUGCUACUUCUGUAAAAUGUUUUAGGUUAGGAAUGCUCGUGCUUUUGCUAAGAAGGUGCAUUUGUGCCCAGGGUUUUGUUACUCAUGUGGCCGCUAUCUGUGAAUGCAUUGGGAAUACUACACUUUUAUGGCAAAAAACAACAACAUUGCUAGUUUUCUUUGACAUAUUUAUUUGUUAUCGCAUCGCAUGCUUUAGUUAUGCAUAUUAGACCACAUUUUGUGUUCGAAGAGGGUGUGGUAUGCUUGCUUUGCAUCUCAGUGUGACUGCCGAAUAUUCGCAAAUUUCAUGAUGUGAUAACUAUAGCAUUUCUUGCAUUGCCGUGAUUGGAGCAACAGUUAUGGUCUUGAAAUUGUGUUGUUCUGUAAUGUUUGGAUGCUGUGUUGCUGCAGAGCUGUGCUAUCUGAUCCUAUAAAGAUAUCAGUAAUUCUUCUAAUACAGCGGCGCUUGUGAAAAAUUUUCGAAGGCAAGAACUCAGCAAGCCUGCCUACCUGUUUCAGUGAGCUGUUUGAUUUUUAAAAAUUAAGCAUUGUUUAAUUGGCCAUGGUUGCCUGGAGGUAUGUGCUUGGUUCUCAUUCGGCGGAGCUUUCAAAUUUCCUUAAAACCAUAUGCAGUGCACUCAAACCUCAUUAUAACAAUGUUGUACCUUACACAAAAAUAAGUUUGUUAUAUCUGAAAAUUUGAAACAAAGGCUUAUUUCUAACACUAUCUAUUGCAAAACUGUUUUUGAUUCAUUUUGUUAUACCCUAUAUUUUGUUAUAUUCGGGUUUUUGAGUGUAUUCACCCUGCAGGUAAGCCGACAUGGUGGCCUACCUGUGAUGCGAAGUUGUUCUGUUUGAUACUGUACACCAUUAUGGCAGCACUCUGGAGUUCACCCUACAUGCUGCACUUGUGCAGGCGACUCUUGUUAAACUUCAAGGGACCAGAAACGUUAUUUUCCAACAGGUAGUCAAUGUCUAAUUUAGGGUAGCGAGGAGCAGAGAAACAGUGUAUGACUUGCUUCAAGGAAAUCAUUUAUCAGCAGAUGUUCAUGAGGUAGAGGGAUAGCCACUGAUUUCUUUAUAGCACAUUGGUACACAAUACAAAUAUGUGAAGGAAGCUCGGUAAGCUCCCGUAGCUCUUUCAUAAUAAAGUGCAGAUGUUUAGAUUCUCUCAAUUCAAACAUGGCUGACAUUACCUGUUCAUUGGUCACAAAUGAGGAAAAUGAAUAUCCACUGCUGAAUGUUUUCGUGUUUUGAAACAGAACCGGCCCUGGUGAUUAGGUGUGUGCUUCUUAGCCUUCAGAAAGGAAGAAAAACAGUUAAAGCUGCGAGGAUGUGUCCAAUAUUAUGAGAGUAUUAGUGUUCACAUGUCAUUUGCCGAAUUGCCACCUAAUGCUGGUGCAGCUGCAUAGAAGAGGUGCGGGUCUCGUACAUGUGGUGUCUAUUGUACAAGGUUGCUAUGGUGUACUUAUUUACGUUCUAUUACAAUACUUGGCGUGGCACAGUUGCUGGCAGUGGUUGAUUACUGCACUGGCUGCAUUAGAGAGCUAACUUUGUUAAUACAGCAGUAUUUUUAUUAAUGGGCUUUUAUGUCUCGGGGCAAGCUAUGCAGCUCAGAAUGGUAUGUGGGUCAUUGGUGAAGUGUCAUUCAGCCUGCAAACGAGCUUGUGUGGGUGCAACAGUUUCUGCAUAUGUGGAAUUGCUUGCACAUACUUGUAUUCCUAGAAAUUGCUAGGUUCAAGUAAUUAGGCUUUGUGACUACAUUGUUAAUUGAGCUUGGGCAUAACGGUUUCUUCUCGCGGAACUGCAGAAGCAUGUACUUCAACGUUUCGAUAGCAUAGGUCCCGUAUUGUCAACAAGGCACAGUUCUCACAAACACUUUUGUAGUAUGAAAAAAGUUAUUCACUGUAAAGUAAUCACUCGUGUAUCAUUUCGUUCUCUUUUUUUCCAUGGUUUUUCUAUAGAUACAUUUAAAAUCUCUUGGGUAUUAUAACACCUAAGCACCAAAUGAGGCCAAUUUAUUACUAUUUGAGUACACAUAUAAACUUUGUUCACUCUUGAGGCGAAUUGGUAUACCUUGUUCAUUCCUGCUUAGUGAUUUAAAAGGGGUUGUUUAGAAUUCAGUAAUCAUUAAUAACUAUGUGCUUUUAUCGUGAUUCAGCAAGAAAAUUGCUAAAGAAGGAAUGAUUCGAAAGAGAAGUUGAAGUUGAUUAUCCAGUUUUGUGUUACUAAUACCACGAUGAAGACAAAAGAAAAGGUUGAAAGACAGCUUCAGCCACUAGCAGCCAACUGAGCUACGCCUGCUGUGUAUAUGCGAUCGCGUGUGUCUCAAAUACUGAUUAUGCAAAAGACAACGCAGGUGCCUUAGAAGGUGCGGGAGACGGAGUAUUUUUCUAUUUUUGUAAAACCGCGAUAUGUCUCUGUCUGCUCUGCGUCUUGACGAAGAACUUGUUGCUGUGCUUGUUGCGCAUGUGCAGCUCUCGGAUGGCCAGGGUCGGCCCAGUGCACUUGUGCACUCAAAGACUUGCAUACUCUGUUGUCUGUGUGAGUGACGAGUGACCUAAGGAAAUAUGUAGACUUUUUUUUUGUCCUCUUUAUUUCUUUGUGCCCACUAUUUAGGUUGUAAAAGACUUGAACACAUUCCUCAUAUGCGGUUACCAGUGUAAUUGUAGAGUGAGUUUAACCGCGUUGAAACUCUGUAAGUACAUACACUGUUGCAGUUGAAAUAAAGGUAUUGAGAUUUUUAGA